GCUGCUUCUGCUACCAUGCACAGUGUUUGCAGGAAGGAAUGCAAGUUUGUUCAUAAUUUUCGGUCAGAGCAUAACCUCCGUGUCUUAAAAACACAUGGGCUUGAAAACUUAAAUGAUGAUGAGUUGUGUCAGCUCCUGCUUCAGAAUGAUUCUUCGCUCUUACCUGAGGUAUGCAUGCACUAUAACAAAGGUGAUGGACCCUAUGGGUCUUGUACCUUCAAGAAGAUCUGCACCAAACUUCAUCUCUGCCAGUACUUCUUGCAGGGAGAGUGCAGAUUUGGCAGCAACUGCAAGCGAUCACAUGACAUUUUAAAUCUGGAAUGCUAUGAAAAACUGGAGAGGCGGGGAAUGAGCCCGGACCUGAUUGCUAAACUGCCUUCUAUCUUCAGGAAUAUGUAUGACAUCAAAAAUCGCACCUCUUCACUGUGCAAAGAGAGGAGAGGCAGUCUUAGUCAGAUAUCCUUGAAUACAAAUAAUAAUGAAGAAUUGGAAGAGAUCUGCUUGUAUUUCAUCAGGAAAAGCUGUAGCUUUCAAGAUAAGUGUAUCAGAAUUCAUUUUCAUUUGCCAUAUAGAUGGCAGGUCUUGGAAGGUGCCCUGUGGAAGGACUUGAAGGAUAUGGAGAAAAUUGAAAAGGCAUACUGUGAACCCAGUAAUACCAGAUUUUCAUUCAGCAGUGCUGGCAGUGGCUUGCAGACUGUAUCUUUUCAGAACAUGACAUGUGGCUCCACCAAAGUUAGACGCCUCUCCACAGCAUCAUCCGUGACCAAACCCCCUCACUUCAUUCUUACAACAGAUUGGCUCUGGUACUGGAAGGACGAAUAUGGUUUGUGGCGUGAAUAUGGAACGGAAGAUGAUGAUCAUUCUGCUUCCACUGUAUGCAGCAGUGACCUGGAAAAUGCUUAUCUAGCAAAAGGGUCUCCAACAUUGCAAUUCAAAGCUGGGAGACAUGAAUAUGAACUCAACUUUAAUGCCAUGAAGCAGAGAAACCUUCGCUUUAAGACAGAGAGGGAGGUUUGCAGGAGACCCAAAUAUGUCUCUCCACAAGAUGUGGAGAAGAGGAGAAUCAGUGGUGUUGAUUAUUCAGAAGAAGAAUCCAUUCCAGCUCACUGGGACAAAUCAGCUUUACCUGAACUGGGAUACAAGCUCAUCAAACUUCCCAGCUCUUCUGACGAAUACAAGAAGGUCCAGGCUGACUUUCAGCGCACAAUGCCCAAAACAGUCAUUCGGCAGAUUCAGAGAAUCCAGAACCCGACUCUCUGGAAAGUAUAUCAGUGGCAGAAAGAGCAAAUGCAGAAGACGAAUGGAGGAAAGGACGUGAGUGAACGAGUCUUAUUUCAUGGGACCAGUAAAAAGCAUAUCGAUGCCAUCUGCCAGCAGAACUUUGACUGGAGGAUCUGUGGUCUUCAUGGGACAGCUUAUGGCAAAGGAAGCUACUUUGCAAGAGAUGCAUCAUACUCUGAUAACUAUAGCAAGACCGACUUAGACAUCAAGACCAUGUUUCUGGCUCGGGUCUUGACAGGGGAUUUUACCCUUGGUAACUCUUCCUAUCUUCGUCCUCCUGCCAAGGACAAUGAAAACCAUUUCUAUGACAGCUGCGUGAAUAGCCUUUCGAACCCAUCUAUCUUUGUCAUCUUUGAGAAACAUCAGAUUUAUCCUGAAUAUCUAAUUGAAUAUAUGGACCAGGCAGUUGCAACUGCUCUGUCAAAGGCUGCACAUGUUUAUUUUCGGAAUUGAUUUAACUGAGGAGAGUUUUGUUUAAUAAAAGUGUGCCCAGUACAUUUUUAUACACACUUAGAUUUUCCACCCUCUCCUUGUAACAGUAAGCGAGGUGGCCAUCUUAAGAUAUUUUCGAAAAGACAUAGUAUUUUUAUGAGUUUCUAAAAUCCUGUCUUUAUUCCUACAUUUCUCCAGUGGGACUAACUUGUUUUUCCCACUGUUAGUCUGUUUCAGGAGAUUUAAUAAAUCUAGUAGAUGUUCAUAUGAUUAUUGCAAUGUGACAUGAAGUAAUGGAAAAGCAAGUCACUGUAAUGUCAUUUUUAAUAAUAAAUAUGUUUCCCCCCAGGGAAGUUAGCUGUGAAACUAGUUAACCAGGGCAAAGUCUGCACAUAGUUUCUUGUGGGCAAGCAGUAUAAUAGUUUCUCUGGGACUGUUGCCCACACAGACCUCCUGUGGAUCACUGCUACCACAACAGGGCAACCUCCUAUGGCCAUCUUUUAGCUAAGAGUUUCUCCUCUUAUUACCUCAGGUUUGUUAAGCCCCAAAUGUGGGUUAUAAAGAAAAUAAGAGGAAGCGUUAAAUCUGUGCUGGUAUGUUAGUUUGACUCAGGCUUUGUGAUGUUAACACAAAUGAGAGACCUGUGUGUUGUGGUUGGAACAGCGGCAAGCUUAGGGUGUGUAAGCAGGGAAGCCAGAGCAGUUGUUGUGUGUUUUCUGCUCUUCAAUUGAACUACUUCAGGCAAAACAUCUAAGAACUUCCCUUUCUAACUCUUUUUCUCUUUUAGACUUUCUUGUAGAAUUGACAUUUUUCUGGCACGAGAGAGAGAUGCGGCUGCUGCAGCUUUCUGCUCUUUUCUGUUCCUAGUUGUCAAAGGUGGGAUAAAAAUACACAUUUGCACUUUUUUAAAGCAUGAUUCUACUUUACGAAUCAGCACCGGGAUCAUGUUUAUUGUCCCUGGUUCCAGAUUAAAGGGGUUUUUUAAAAGGCUGUUUUUCCUAGUUGUCAGCCCAGCAAACUCAACUUGGGGAAACUAAGCAUUGAACAAGAUUCUUUCUUCCUCCUUCAUCAGUGAAAGGUUCUGUAGGUCAUGUCUUCAGGGAAAUCUGUGGAAACACACUAUAUUCUACAGGGUUAAGUGAUUGAUCCUGUAAUUGGACUAUAGAACACAAUUCUGUUGAUAUACCAGAAAGAACAGAAUCUAGUGCACUAUUUGUCUUGGCUAUAUUCACACCUGUAUGUUAACAGAAAUCAAAAGCAAUCAAAACUCCUGACGCUAAUUUUAGCUAUCUCAGUCUUAAAGGAACAGAGACUGGGUAAACGUGCCAUUUCACAUACAGUAGUUGCAUUUCAGAAUAGAACUGUGCUUCUGGGAGGCUUUCCCCUUCUUCUACCUGUUAACUUUUCAUUCACACAUUAGUUAAGCCUGGAUUUUUAAUAAAUACCCCCCAAAAGGGUAUGAUGUGCUGGUAAAGCUCUGUCCAAAAGCUUCCUGUAAUAUGGGAGAACAGAAGAAACUUCUGAAACCUAAUAAUGCCUCUGAUUAUCAGUUGUUACUUAACGCUGGCAUGGGUCUGACUUCAGUCUAGCUUCUGCUCAAAGUUGCUCAUUGGAAGCAAGUGCUAAAACUGGAAACGUAGCAAGGACUGGUGAAAGGUUGCCCAUCCUUGUAUGUCACAAAAUAAACAAUAGUGCCUCGUGCCCUGCUGCUGUGAACAGCUGAGCUACUUAGUAUUGUAGUGACGCUGCUACAACUAACUAUAGAGCUGUUAGAGUGCAUUACUAUUGAGGUGUGAGAAGUCAGGCCACUAAAGCUUUCCAUAAGUUUCACUGUCCGUAUGUGUUUGUCCUGGCAUGUAGGAGGAGUAAAGGUGUAAUAUGGCUUUUAUUGGUACCUGGAAAUGUAAGCAGCUGUAUACUUCUCAUUUACAAUCAUGGUUUUAGUUUCUGAAGCUUAAUAUUUGCAUCACUUAGGAGACUACUCAGGGUUCGUACUCUCCUUUGUCACUGCUGGGGUUACAGCCCGGGUUCCCUGUAAGCUGGGCACUUGUGCAGCCCCUCAGGAGCGAUUCAAAUGCCGCCCAGCUGAUUAGCAGAGACUCACAGCUUGUUCCAAUUGGUGGUGCAUAUUCUUACAUGCUUGAAUGCACAUAAAAAUUUAUUCUGCACAUAGAUGGAAAAAAUCCACACGUGGAUGGAAAAGAUUAGGGGGCACAUUGGUUACAGCAACCGUCUCUGUUAUAGUAGAUGCAUUGGUUAGUUAUAUAUUCCAAGUGCCUCCUGAUUUCCAAGAGGAAAAAAUGUCUAACUGGAAGCUUUCUGUCUGAAACUGAAAUUGAAUCUUCUUAUUCUCGGCUGUAUGUAUGAUAUCUGUCACAACAUGUAUGGCUCCUCUUUUAAUGCAAAUUAAAAUAUAUUGAACUGAAAA